AUGAAGUCGGCCACCUCGCUCCUCCUCGGCGCCGCGCUCGCCACCGCCUUCUUCCUGCUCUACACCUCCCUCUGCCGCGACCUCGGCGCCGCCGCGCCCAGGUCGGGGUCGCCGACGCGGUGGGAGCAGGAGACCGGCAGCACGGCCGCCGCGGGGGUCGAUCGUCGGGAGGUGCGGGGACGCCUCGUCGAGCCCAAGCAGCAACAAGGGGCCGCCAAGGGGGAGGAGGGCAGCAAACAUGCGGCCGCGAGUAGCGGCGAUGGUGACGACGGCAGAGGCGACGGCGGCGCCACAGCAGAGGAGAAAAGUCAGAGCAAGAAGCAGCAGCAGCGGAUUGUGAUGCCUGCCACGUCAUCAACCCAGAAGUAUGAUGUUCCCCACCACCCACUGACCCACCAUGGACAGCAGCAGCAGCAGAAGAGCCCACCACCACCGUCCCAGGAUCUGGCGGACCUGCUCCGGCGAGCGGCGACGGCGGACAAGACGGUGCUGAUGACGGCGAUCAACGAGGCGUGGGCAGCGCCAGGGUCAUUCCUGGAUCUGUUCCUGGAGAGCUUCCGGCACGGCGAGGACACCGCGGAGCUGCCGCGGCACCUGCUGAUCGUGGCCAUGGACGGGAAGGCUUUCCACCGGUGCACCGCCGUGCACUCGUUCUGCUACUGGUUCCGCGCCGACGACGGCAUGGACUUCGCGGCGGAGCAGAAUUACAUGAAGGGGGACUACCUGGAGAUGAUGUGGCGCCGGAACCGGCUGCAGCAGACCGUGCUGGAGCUGGGCUACAGCUUCCUCUUCACGGACGUGGACAUCCUGUGGUUCCGGGCCCCGUUCCCGCGCCUGCCGGUGGGGGCGCAGGUCGUCAUGUCGUCCGACUUCUUCGUCGGCGACGCCGACUCGCCCUACAACUACCCCAACGGGGGGCUCCUCUACGUCCGGGCGUCGCCGGCCACGGUGGGGUUCUACCGGCACUGGCAGGCGUCGCGGGCGAGGUUCCCGGGCCACCACGAGCAGUACGUCUUCGACAAGAUCGUCAAGGAAGGCUACGCCGGCGCCCGGGUGCAGUUCCUCGACACGGCCGUCUUCGGGGGAUUCUGCCAGCACGGCAACGACCUGGGCAGGGUGGCCACCAUGCACGCCAACUGCUGCGUCGGCCUGGACAACAAGCUCUUCGACCUCAAGAACGUGCUCCAGGACUGGAAGACCUACAGGGCGCGCGCCGCCGCCGGCAACGCGCAGGUGUUCUCCUGGCGGGUGCCCGGGAGAUGCAUACACUGA